UGAUCUUUUCUAUAAAGUGUGUAGAGUCCUUGAUAUAAUGUGCAGUGAGCCCAAUGUGGGUUUGUAGCUGUGUAGCCAGAAAUUUUGCCAGGUUGUAAGUCGGCGAUCCAAUGGCACUUACAAUGGGUCUGAGUGGGAUGGAGUCCUUGUGGAUUUUGGGGAGUCCGUAAAGCCUGGGUGGGAGGGCUUCUGAUUUGCACAGCUGUUGGCGUAUGUCAAAGUUAAUGGAGGAGUUCUUGAUUAGAGUGUUAGUUUUUCUGGUGAUUUUGUUAGUGGGGUCUUGUUUCAGUUUCUUGUAAAUUGUGGGAUCUAGAAGUUGUCUGAUUUUUUCUUUGUAUUGUUUUGUUUCCAUGAUUACUGUGGCAUUCCCCUUGUCAGCUGGAAGAAUGAUGAUUUCAGGAUCUGAGUUGAGAUCUUUGAUGGCCUGUCUUUCUUUUCUCGUUAUGUUGCUGGGGGGGAGUUUUGCAUUUCUCAGGAUCCUUGCUGUUUCCAUUCUUACCUCCUCUGCUUCUUCCAAAAUCCACAAGGACUCCAUCCCACUCAGACCCAUUGUAAGUGCCAUUGGAUCGCCGACUUACAACCUGGCAAAAUUUCUGGCUACACAGCUACAAACCCACAUUGGGCUCACUGCACAUUAUAUCAAGGACUCUACACACUUUAUAGAAAAGAUCAGCAACCUCAAUCUAAGCACCAAGGACAUCCUGAUCAGCUUUGAUGUGGUGUCCCUUUUUACCAAAGUCCCAGUAGCUGACACCCUCACACUAAUCAAACAAAACUUCCCAGAAGACAUCACAGCCCUGUUUCACCAUUGCCUCACCACUAGCUACUUUCAGUGGGACACUGGAUUCUAUGAACAGAAGGAUGGAGUGGCCAUGGGGAGCCCUCUCAGCCCAGUAGUAGCAAAUUUCUAUAUGGAAUACUUUGAAAAACAGGCCCUAGAAACAGCACCAAAAAAGCCAACUGUUUGGUUCAGAUACGUAGAUGACACCUUCACAAUUUGGAGCCAUGGAGAGGAAGAACUCAGCAAGUUCCUGGACCAUCUUAACAGCAUCCACCCAAACAUCCAAUUCACCAUGGAAAAAGAAAAGGAAGGAAAACUGCCAUUUCUAGAUGUUCUGGUCAUCCGCAAACCCAAUCAACAAUUGGGCCACACAGUUUACAGAAAACCUACACAUACAGAUAGAUACCUUCAUAAAAACUCCAACCAUCACCCAAGUCAAAAAAGGAGCACAAUCAAAGCCCUGACAGACCGUGCACAAAGUAUCUGCGAACCUCACCUCCUCCAAGGUGAACUCAACCACCUAAACUGGGCUCUACAGGCCAAUGGAUACUCCACCACAGACAUCAGAAGAGCUGCAAGGCCAAGAACAAGCCAUGAGAGUCAAGACAAAGAUCCACCCAGAGGAAAGGUGUUCUUACCAUACAUCAAGGGAACUACUGACCGCAUAGGGAAGCUGAUGAAGAAGCACAACCUACAAACUAUCUACAGACCCACGAAGAAAAUCCAACAAAUGCUACGGUCAGCGAAGGACAAGAGGGAUCCUCUCUCUUCUGCAGGAGUCUACCGGAUACCAUGCAGCUGUGGACAAGUCUACAUAGGGACCACCAAACGCAGCGCCCAAACAAGAGUCAAAGAACAUGAAAGGCACUGCAGACUAAUUCAACCAGAGAAAUCAGCCAUAGCAGAGCAUUUGAUGAACCAGCCUGGACACAGAAUACUAUUUGAGAACACAAAAAUGCUGGACCAUUCUAACAACUAUCAUGUCAGACUACACAGAGAAGCCAUUGAAAUCCACAAGCAUGUGGACAACUUCAACAGAAAGGAAGAAACCAUGAAAAUGAACAAAAUCUGGCUACCAGUAUUACAAAACUCCAAAAUCAAAACAGUAGAUGGGAACCAACACAAUGAGGACUUGACUGAACAAAGGAUGCCCCCAGGCAAGGGACAAAACAUUUCCAGUGCCAAUUAGGGUGAUUAACUGAAACAUUAAUGCUGGCUCCCAGUGACAAAGAACUCUUGCCACACCUUGGACUCUACACAGAUAUAUAUUCUUUCCUUUCCUGACUUAGUUUAUCCAUACCUCACAACCUCUGAGGAUGCCUGCCAUAGAUGUGGGCGAAACGUCAGGAGAGAAUGCUUCUGGAACAUGGCCACACAGCCCGAAAGACAUACAACAACCCUGAAAUAAAUUAAUGUCGCAAUUUUUUGUAAGGGUAUGAUCUCUAGCCAGCAUAUGGAAUUUAGUAUGUCCUUGUCAAAUUUAACAAGUGGUCAUGAACUCUACAUAUUGUCCCCACUUUAACUUUUAAAUAUAGACUUUUCAUUCUAUAAUGGUAGGAUGCUGUUUGAGUUGUCUGCGUUAACUACAGAGACCCUUUUAUGCCCGAAUAAUUUAUUUUGUAGUGAAAAACUAUUUGUGGUGGAGAAGGCAUUUUAGCUGUCUGCGAACCAGCCAUUACUGUAUCUUGCUGGGUGUAUAAAUUUUGUUGUUACAGUUCAGAAUUAAGAGGACAGGAUCUUAGUUACACUGUAGUUACACGCAUUGCGAAAAAUAUUUAUUCUCUAUAUGUUUAUCUAUAUAAACGUAUGUUCUCUAUAUGUAUCACUUGUUCGGGAUUUACUGAUACAGUGUCUAUAACUUGACAGAUAAUGAACUUACAGGAUUGUGUAAUAUUAUUUUCUAAAUAAAUAAAACAAAGGUAUCCAAAGUAUUAUAGACAUCAUUGUUCACUGCUGUCAAGUUGACUUGACACACCCAUUUCUUUGAGAGCCCUUCCACAUUUUCUAAACAGCUCUACUAUGUUGCAAUUUUACAUUGUUCAGUAUAUUUUAAUAGGAUCCGCAUCCUGUUCAAAAAUAUGUGAAGACAUAUUGGUGGACACAUUACUUAAAGAAACAAUUUAAUGUUUUUCCUGGUGAUUUAAGUUAUCCUGAGAUAAAUCACCCUCACCCACUGCAAACGUCUGGAAUGAAAUGGAGUUGGGAGUGGUCUGGUUUUUUUUUUUAAUUCAGUAUUUUUUAGAAGUCAUGGCAUUUUCACACAAAACUACUUUAAAAAAAAUCCUAAGUAUUUGGUCUGUGUUAUCAUUACUUUUUGGAUGUAACAGUUAGCAUUUAGAAGAAUUAAAGAGCAGAGCACUAAGGAGGGUUGGUUUCCUCAAAGAAGGUGAGCUGAGUGUUUUAGGCUUUCUACCACAGUAAACAGAAUUCCAUGUUUAUGUCAUAUUCUAUUUGCAGCUGAGCAAAUUAAACAUGUUUCUUGUUCUAAAAAGUUAUCCUUGUUUAUUUUGUAUGGCAUGUUCUUUGAAACAUAUCAAUUUACAGCAGAACGAAUUUGAUUAGAAAGCACUAGAAAGAGGCAAGGUAAUGCACAACUUUGCACCUCACUACUAGUACUGAAGUGCAUAGUUUCACACUAUUGUGCAUCUUUGUUUCCCUAUUUCCAGUGGCUUGUUCAGAUUCUAUGGGAAGUUAGUUCCAAAGUUUUGGUGUCACCAUGUAGAAUUCCCUUUUUUGACCCACUAGAUGUCAUUUCAUGUACAAAAGAAACCCCUGUAUCUGUCAGACAGUUGAGCUGAGAGUGUUUAUCUGACAGGCAACUUAAACAUGCAAGUAGUAGUGGAUUAGCACCUUAUUGUUUUGCUUUGUUUCAGGAAACUUGACAAAGAGGUGCUGCAUAUCAAAUUAGUGCAGUUUGUAGUUAUGUUUCUAUCAUUUACUGGCUAAAACCAUGGAAUAAAAGGUUUCAUUGUCUUUUAGUGGCUUCCUGACCAAUCAACUUCUUUUAUAUGUAUCUAUAGUCUAAAAUUCAGUUCAAUGUGAGUGGGAAAGUCUCUGAAAAGGAAAACCCUUAUGUCAGUAAAACUUAGCAUUUCACACUAUUUGAGUAUUAAUUAUUUGUUGUAAAUGUAUAAAUGAUGAUUUAUUGCACCUCUGUAGGUUUCAGUGUAUCUCUUACAGAAAGUUGUGUUUGGUUAGACAUAGGACAAUCUUGUAAAUAAAAAAAGAUACAUACAGUAUUGUGGCCUAAAUCUUUAGGAAAACUUUAUCUUUCUAGUUGUUUGAGUUGUAGGUCAUGUAUCUGUAUAAUCUCUUGUUCCCAUUUGCACAUUUGAAGCUGUGUUUGGAUUCUCCUUUUGCGCCUAGUUUGCAACAAGGCCUUCACAAGCACAUUUUUAUACUUGCACAAUUUGAUACUAGCCAGCAUACAGCCUAUUUUGCAAAACUGUAGAAUUACUGCUGAGCCAGCUGCAAAUCUUCCAUAUGUUAUGUCUUGAAAGUAAAAAGUAUGUUUUUCUUACUAAUAUUUUAAUAUUUAUUGCAAUAACAGUGAAUGUAAAUUUGAAAGUGAUAGUACUCAUGUCAAAUAUGAGGCGUAGAAUAAUGCUAAUUUGGAAACCAAGUUGAUAUGAGCAGUAACUGAAAAAUUUAGGAAGAAAUGGUUUUUCACUUCUAUACCUCUUACCCAAAUUACUAUGGUUACAUAAACUAUGUAAAUAGACUUGGAAUCCAAUGGAAAGAAAAAAAUGUGAGCUUUUCCAGUUUAGAGAAGACUUGUUGAGAAAAAAAGGGAAGGUCCCACUCACCUUCUGAAAAAGCCUGAAGUUAUCAUAUUUGGUCACUGCUGCAGAAAGUGGAAACUACUUCCCGGGCUCUUCUUACAUGGAGUAUUCAAAGGGAUAUUCUUAAAUUACCUUAUGACAUCCCUCAGCCAAAUGGCCUUCAGUCCUAGUCUUCCGCAGCCCAAUCAACAAUUGUGCCACACAGUUUACAGAAAACCUACACACACUGAUAGAUACCGACAUAAUAACUUCAAACCAUCACCCAAGUCAAAGAAAAAGCCUUGGCAGACCAUGCAAAAAGAAUCUGUGAACCCCACCUCCUCCAUAGUCAACUGAACCACCUAAACUGGGCUCUACAGCCCAAUGGAUAUUCCACCACAGAUAUUAGAAGAGCAGCAAGGCCAAGGACAAGCCAUUCGAGUAAAGACAAAGAUCCACCCAUAGGAAAAGUGUUCUUACUGUACAUCAAGGGAACCACUGAUGGCAUAGGGAAGGUGAUGAAUAAACACAACCUACAAACUAUCUAUAGACCCACCAAAAAAUCCAACAAAUGUUAUGUUCAGCAAAGAACAAGAGGGAUCCUCUCACCUCUGCAGGAGUCUACCAUAUACCAUGUAGCUAUGGACAAGUCUACAUAGGGACCACCAAAUGCAGUGCCCAAACAUGAAUCAAGGAACAUGAAAAGCACUGCAGACUAACUCAACCAGAGAAGUCAGCCAUAGCAAAGCACUUGAUGAGCCAACCUGAACACAGCAUAUUAUUUGAGAACACAGAAAUGCUGGACCACUAACAACCACCAUGUCAGACUACACAGAGAAGCCAUUGAAAUCCACAAGCAUGUGGACAAUUUCAACAGAAAGGAGGAAACUAUGAAAAUGAACAAAAUCUGGAUACCAGUAUUUAAAAAACUCUAAAAUCAGGACAAUAAAUGAAGAACAACACUCUGAAAACAGGGGAAUUCUAGACAUGAAACAAUCAGGACCAACUAAGAACUCCCAACAAAGGAUUCCCCAGGCAGGAAUUAGCCAGGCUUUGAAGCUGCAAGGCUUUUCAGUGCCAAUCAAGGUGAUUAAUUGCAACAGUCACACUUGCCUCCAACAGACAAGAAUUCUUUCUUCCACCCAGGAUCUUCCACAGAUAUAUAAACCUUUGCUUAGUUUUCCAAUAUACCUCACAACCUCUGAGGAUGCCUGUCAUAGAUGUGGGUGAAAUGUCAGGAGAAAAUGCUUCUGGAACAUGGACAUACAGCCUGGGAAACUUACAGCAACCCAGAGACUGAGACAUUUUCGCCAGAAUUACACAUGACCCACAGCAGCACAGUACUCCUUAAUAUGUAUUACACCAGAUGGGAGGGUUAAUAAAGUUGAAGACUCAGUAGAAAUGUUCUUUUUGACUACUUGUUCAGACUCUGCUGAGCUCUGUCACAAAUAAGGCUUUUGUAGAGACUGCAUUCCUUGGCUCCUAGUAAUAGGCAAAACAGGAAGGCUGCACAUUUUUACCAUGUUUUGCCCAGUUAAGAGAGAGUUGUGGUUUUUUUUGUAAAGGGUUUCUUUUAUUACUCAUUCAUUGAGGGCAGCUUAUUGUGAUAUCAACAAUAACUCAUGGCUUUGUUGUAUUUAGACCAGUGCAAACAAAAUGUAUUGUGCUGCUGGAUUGGAUAUUCUUACUGUUGCAACAAAGGGAGAAAAUCAUAUUUAUGGAUAUAGCUGAACAAAUAAGAGGAAUUUUGUUAUGAGUAUUGAUUCAUGUUCCAUAGGUAAUCUGUAUUCUGACUAGGUUUUAAAGAAUGUUUUGCCGUUAUUGCUUUAUGCCACUACGUGAAAGCAGCUUAUUUGCGAUUGAAUAAAUUCUUCUUUACCCAAGCCUUUCCUUACUGACCUUACCAAUUGGAUUAGUUUUAAAUGUUUUAACUGAUUUAAUAUUUUAAUUUUUGAUACUUGCUUUCUUAAUCAUCUAUUUUUGCAUACUGCUUUGAGAUUUUGUUUCGGGUAAUUUAAAUGAUGUAUAUAUUUAUUAAACUAAAGAAAAUAUUGCAGUACUAUAAUGUGCUAUCUGUAGACAUCCUGAAGGAAGCUUUUGAAGCAGGCUAAACUGAAAGGAUAUUUUGCUGUUUCUCCAAGUUACCUAGUCUUCUAUCUUUAAAUAGUGGUCAUGAAUAGUACUGUUAAAAUCUUGAAGCCAAACUGCCGAAGGAUCUUCUGCCUAUUUUCUAGAUGGCUAUUGAAUGACAUAGGGCUCCAUCUUCAUCUCCACCGUAUCUUUAAGUAUUUAAUCUUUGAACUGGAUUUUAUCUAACAUAUAAUAUCUCAAAAGCAAAUUAAUCAGAAUGCUUUCCAUAUAUAUCUUCCUUUCCAUGUGGGAUCUGCUAUCGACUGCCACAGCGUUACAGGCCUAAAGCUCCUCUUAGGCACUCUCUGCUCAAACAAAUUGCAGGAGAUUACAUGAAAUAAACUCUUCAGUCAGGAUUGUGGAUUUUUGUCAGCUAGUAUUUGCAGUUACUAAGAGCUUGCUCAAAUGUAAUCCAAAGAAAAACUUUUUAAAAAUGUAACAAUGGGUAAAUUAAGUACUGGGAAAUAAUCCUGGCUUCUGACUUUUGAAUCUGUAAAAGAAAAUCUUUCACAUUUUGAUCAUUAAAAUGCAAAUGAAUACUGUACAUAUUGUAAACAUAUUUUAGUUUGAUACUUAUAAACUUCCUGUGUACUUGCCCUCACCUCAUUUACCUUCAAGUGUAAAGGAGACCUUUAAUAACUGGGUAUUUUACUGAUUUGUUUGUUUAUGACAGUACCUUGUUAUAUGUUCGUUUUGUUAAGGCUAUUGUUUUCACAUUUAAUUGCUCUGAAAUAUAGGCAUGGCAUCUUUUAGAACAGUUGCAAAUGGGUUCUUUGCUAAAUGUUUUUAUGUACAUUUUUGCCAUGCACCCUGAAUAGUAAAUGCAAUUGCUGUGUUAUAGAAAAAGUAAAUGGCUAUGACUAGGAGCCAAAAUGAUUAUAGCGAUGAUUGUUUCUUACAUAUUCUGCACAUACAGAGAAUCAGUGUGCUGGAAUUUAGUAGUGCUGGGUAACAGUUUGUUGAAUUAUUUUAUCACAGUUUUGAAGUUAUCCUACUCCAUCAAAUAUCACCGUUUUCUACCAUAAAUGAUCAAGAGGGCUUUGUUAUAAAUGUCAUUGUUGUCUGCUUUCAAGUAAUUUCCAAUCUAUCAUGACCCCAAGAUUUAUUUAUUUAUUUAUUUUCAUCAUUUCUAUCCCUCCCUUCUCACUCGAAGGGACUCAGGGCGGCUAAUAAUCUGGCAAAAUUCAAUGCCAAUAUACAGUACAAACCAAUAUACAGUACAAAGAUGACCAAAUCAUAGGAUUUUCUUUGUAAGAUUUGUUUUGAGAGAUUGGUGCUUUUACAUUUCUCUAAGGCUGAGAGAAUGUGAUUGGCCUAAUGACAAACAGUAAGUUUCCAUGGCCAACUGGGGAUUGAACCUUGGCCAUCAUGUUGGUUCUUUAUAAAUAUCAUAAAUUUAUGAAACAUUUAUGUUAUAGAACAAAUAAACUAAAACAAUUCAGCCAUGGCUGGGGUGGGAGAUGAUUCCUUUGGCAUUGUAAAGAAAGAUUUUUUUUCUACAACUUACUUCCAUGCUUUGGUAGAUUUCCAAACAUGUUCUUUUAAAUGUUGCAGAAGAAUUGAGCCCCCCAAGAUUAUUUCAGAUUUGUGCCUGUGUGUGAGAAUUAUAAUCAGAUCAUAUUUAUUUUUCUAUUAUGUGGUUACUAUGAAGCAUUUAGAAUAAUAAAGACACUUUCAAAGUAUUAUAAAACUUAAUUCAAGAAAGCAUUUCACUCAUUUUAGAAAAAAAAUCUAAAAAAGUUUUUCACAUGUGUUUCUAUGUCACAUUAUGAGACAUUUGUAAAAGGGUUAUUAAUCAAGCCUAAAUAAAUGGAAUUUAUGUCAAAAGUACUAUGGAUCCAUUAGCAAAAGCAAGGGCUUUUGCUGCAUUGUCUUACGAAACAGUGACAAUAUAAGACUUGUAGCUAUUCAAAGAAAUAUGUCUUUUGGGAAAGCAGUAUGGAGAUUUCCUGUAGGUUUUUGCAGAAAUAAAUAGCCUGUGUUAUUCAUGCUAGCAUUUACUGUGUGCUUCCUCUUCUGAGUGAGCACCAGGGAAAAGAUAAAACAAUGGGUAAGGGAAAAUGCUCAUUUUUGAAUAAAUGGUGAGAUUUGUGUGUGUAAAGCAUUUUUAGCCAGGAUUACUAAUCAUGGCAAGCUUGUAACAGAAUUCAGUUUUGUGGUUUCAGUUAAUAAAACAUGAGAUUUUUGGCUUCUUUUAUGUAAUCAUCAGCCAGUUAGAAUAUUUGACAUCAUUUUUAUGCUGAUUGAAUGGAAUGGCAAGAUUAAGAGCCUAUAGAAAGGCAUCAAAGCAUGCCAAAAUACAACUGAAUAGCAUACCCUCCUGGAACUGCAAAUAUACAAAAAGGUUCUCGGUUUAAAAUUUUAGACUACUAUUUUGACUGCUUCUGACCUGAUAAUCUCAAGAUUGUAUUAUUGUACAGUUGAAUAGGAAACUAUUUAUGUGUAUUAUUGGUAUGUCUACAGAUCUGGGAGUCAGAGAAAGGAAACAAGGCAAGGAUAUUUCAUAGGCACUGUUUUUAAUUUCCAAAGCAGGGAGAGGGGUUUCUGAAUGUCAUCUUCCUGCUUCUUGGCAGUGGGUUGGACUGGAUGGCCCAUGAGGUCUCUUCCAACUCUAUGAUCCAUUACCAACCCUGAUCUGACUUGCAAAGUGUUUUGAAUAUGACAGCAAAUAUCAGCUCCCCCCCCCCCCACCACCACCACCACCAUUGGCACAUUACCCAGAAGACCAGCAGCACACAAGGGAACCCAAUGAUACCAGUAGGGAUGCCAGCAGGGAGCUGAUACUGUUACCCUCAGUGUGAUGAUGCACAGGACAGAGCUUCAGAGACUAUGCGCUUGAUCAUAGAAUCACAGAUUUAUAAAGUUGGAAGAGAUGACAAGGGUCAUGCAAGAAUCCUGCAAUGUCAUGAACUUUCAGAAAUCUAUAUAAAUGAGUGAUGGCAUCACGGUGACCGACAAAACAACAAAACUACAGGCCCCCCAACCUCGAAAUUUGACAACACAACCCAUCACCUUUAGGUUGAUACAACAAAAAGAAAAGAAAAAUAAAGUCCUAAUUAGAGGGAAAGGAAUAAUUAUUUUUAUCCAAUUGCUGCCAGUUAGAGGGCUAAUCUCUGCCCACUUGGUCUCCUAGCAUCCAACUCAGCCCAGGGGAAAGGCAGACUUAGGCCUCACUUAGGUCUCUUCCACAGAUUAUCUAAUUUGCACUGGAUUAAAUGGCAGUGUAGACUCAAGGCCCUUCCACACAGCUAUAUAACCCAUUUAUAAUCUUAUAUUAUCUGCUUUGCACUGCAUUAUCUUGACUCCACACUACCAUAUAAUCCACUUCAGUGUGCAUUUUAUACAGCUGUGAAGAAGGGGCCUCAUAUAAUCCAGUUCUAAGCAGAUAAUAUAAGAUUAUCAGUAUACAGUAGAGUCUCACUUAUCCAACAUAAACAGGCUGGCAGGAUAAGUGAAUAUGUUGGAUAAUAAGAAGGGAUUCAGGAAAAGCCAAUUAAACAUCAAAUUAGGUAAUCGUUAUACAAAUUAAGCACCAAAACAUCAUAUUAUACAACAAAUUUGACAGAAAAAGUAGUUCCAUGCGCAGUAAUGCUACGUAGUAAUUACAGAACUGUAUUUACAAAUUUACCACUAAAAUAUCACAAUGAAUUUAAAACACUGACUACAAAAACAUUGAUUACGAAAAGGCAGACUGCGUUGGAUAAUCCAGAACAUUGUAUAAACGAAUGUUGGAUAAGUGAGAUUCUACUUUAAUAUUAAAUAAUUACUGGGAUAGAAUAAUGCAGAACAAUAUAAUCUCUAAAACCAGGACAGUAAAUAAAGAGCAACACUUUGAAAAUAGGGAAAUUGGAAAUUCCACAAAGGAAACAAUCAGGGCCAGCUAACACCUCCCAAGAAAGGAUUCUUCCAGAAAGGAAGCUGAGAAGGGAGUGAUGCACUGUGUAUUACCAAAGUCAUUAUUAUUACUAUUAUUAUUAUUAUUGUGUUGCUGACAACCGUGAAAAUGAAUACAAUCUGGCUCCAAGUAUUCAAAAAACACUAAAAUCAGAAUAUAUAAAAAUUACUGUGGUAUAAUAAAACAGAACAAUACAAUCUCUAAAAUCAGAACACUAAAUAAAGAACAACACUCAUAAAACGGGAAUUCCACACAGGAAACAAUCAGGGCCAGCUAACACCUCCCAACAAAGUAUUCCCAUCAUCAAAGUCUGGCAAAUCCUCUGUUUUCUCAGGGCCACAGACAGUAGAAACAUAUAAAAUAUCGCAAAGAACACCACUCUGAAAACAAAGGAAUUCCAGACAGGAAACAAUCCGGGCCAGCUAACACCUCCCAACAAAAAAUUCACUCAGGGAGGAAACAGCCAGGCUUUAAAGCUGCAAGGCCAUUACAUCCUAAUCAUUUUCCCUAAUUGCAGCAUUCAUACUUGCCUCCAACAGACCAAAAAACCCCCCAAAAAACCAACAAUCAGAAAUAUUGUAUAUUCACAAUCUUUAGGAAAUAAUAUCCCCUGAUGGCGCAGCGUGUUAAAGCGCUGAGCUGCUGAACUUCUGGACCGAAAGGCCGCAGGUAUGAAUUGGGGGAGCGGAGAGAGCCCCCACUGUUAGCCCCAGCUUCUGCCAACCCAGAAGUUCAAAAACAUGCAAAUGUGAGUAGAUGAAUAGGUACUGCUCUGGCGGGAAGGUAACGCCGCUCCAUGCAGUCAUCCCACAUGACCUUGGAGGAGUCUACAGACAACGCCAGCUCUUCGGCUUAGAAAUGGAGAUGAGCACCAACCCCCAGAGUCAGACAUGACUGGACUUAAUGUCAGGGGAAAACGUUUACCCUUUACCUUAACUACCACCAAUUCCACAAUACUUUAUUUCCCAUACCACCAUACUUCGCCACAGCAACGUGUGGCCGCGCACAGCUAGUUACUAUAUAAAUUAAUACUGAUGAUUGCGUUAUUACUGAUUUAAAUGUUGAUAUAGUAAAAAUAAAGUAACUUGAUAAUUAGGUAUGGAGUGAUUUCAUGAUGUGUGAUUCUCUUGGUCAUUGUUGAUUUCUUAAAGUAGACCAUACCACCUCCAUUUAUUAUACAUAAUAAUAGCAUACCUUGGAUAAUAUCAAGAAGGACUUUACCGGUCUCAGUUUCAAAACAAUUCCAUCAUCUUACAUAUAAUCUUGUAUACCUUCUUGUGGGUUAAACCGCUGUGCUGCUGAACUUGCUGACUGAAAGGUUGGUGGUGCGAAUCUGUGGGACAGCGUGAGCUCCUAUUUAUAGCCCCAGCUUCUGCCAACCUAGCAGUUAGAAAACAUGCAAAUGUGAAUAGAUAAAUAGGUACUUCUUCGGCAGGAAUGUAGCGGCACUCCAUGCAGUCAUGCUGGCCACAUGACCUAGGAAGUGUCCGUGGACAAUGCCGGUUCUUCAACUUAGAAAUGGAGAUGAGUUGCACUACCCAGAGCUGAACCCGACUAGACUUAAUGUCAAGGGGAAAUAUUUACCUUUACCUUCUUGUAAAAUCCCAGUUUCCCUUCUCCCUCUCCCUCUUUCCCCCCACCUCUCUCUGUCUGAACAGUUUGGACUCUAUCUUCUUUUAGUUCCCUUUGAGGAAAUUCACACUGAAUUCAGGAACAACGUUAAGGAGAAAUGCAAAAAUAUCUAUAGCCAAAAUUUACCUUUGAGGUCUCUUGUUCAUCUUAUCUGCAGAGGCAAAAUCUACCCUAGUUCUAACUAAAAUCUGUCAGCAAAUAUGGAAAACAGAACAAUGGCCAUCAGAUUGGAAACACUCAAUGUAUAUUCCAAUCUCCAAGAAAAAGGGGACCACAGAGAUGGCAGUAACCACAGUCCUAUUGCAUUAAUUUUCCAUGCAAGCAAAGUUAUGCUCAAAAUUCUGCAUCAAAGACUUUUACCAUAGAUUGAGAGAUAAAUGCCAGAUACCCAAGCUGGGUUUUGAAAAGAGGCACCAGGAAUCAUAUUGCAAACAUGCAUUAAAUGAUAGAGCACACCAGCGAAUUUCAAAAGAAAAUCAGCAUGUGGAUGUGCAAAUCAGCAUGUUCUUUAUAAAUUAUAGCAAAGCCUUCCUUGUAUAGAUAAUGAAAAAAUAUUGAUAGUUCUUCAAGAAAUGGAUGUGGCACAAUAUUUUAUUGUCCCAAUUUUGACUGGAAAUGACCUUGGCAAGAGUUAGAACAUAGUUUUUUUUAUACAAUUGCAACUGAUUAACAUUAUAAAUUUCUGCAGUCUGGUGAUAUAUUUAAUAAGGGAGAACAUUGGUGAUAAAGGUUGUGGAUUGUGUGUACACUAAGGUGAAGGGUUAUACAUUGUGUAACAGCCAGUGGGUUUAAAAAAAUAAUUUUUAUUAAUAAUACAGAAUUGCUUUAUGCAGUGUAUAAAAAGAAAGGGAAACAGAAAAGGGGAAAAGAAAAAAAAUCCUUUAAAAACUCAAAGAACAAAAAGGGGUUUUGGGGUCUCUUAACGUCCAUCUACUUUUUGGUGUAGUCUUCUCAAAAAAAAAUAUUCUUAAGUACAAAAAGAGAAAUAAUUGCCUUUUCUUCUUUUCUUCAUAACUUCCCCUUUUUCUCUGUAGCUGCUUGUGGGCAGUUAUUUUCUUAUGAAUCCUUUCUAAUUUAUAUUAUUUUCAUCUUGGCUAUUUUCAAAUAGUCCUUGAUUGGUUGCCAGUCCGUUUGGGUUUCUGGUAGCCCUUGAUGUGCUUGUAUCAGAUAGGUUAAUCUAUCCAUAUUCAUAAUCUCAAUUAUUUUUAUUAGCCAGUCUUCGAUCGAGGGUGUUUCCUUAUGUCUCCAAUUCUUAGCAUAUACCCUUCCUCUUGACCUUUAGGAGACAGCUAAAGACCUGGUUGUGGAACCAGCCAUUCAGCCCAUCAUAGGAAUAUUUAAAGUUAAAGUGAAGGUUGAAAGUGCAAUGACCCAGGACUGUUUACAUACAAUGGCUGUGUCUUUGUGGGAUAUAUGAUUUUUUUAAGCAUUUUAUUUAUAGUUAUCACAAUACAUUAAAAGAAAAGAAAAAAGGCUAGGAAGGAGGCAAGUAUAAUCCAAGAACAAAAAAAUAAGAAAAAGCAAAAAAAAAAAGGUGUGAUAUAUGAUUUUUAAUGUAAUGUGUUUAAUAAUGUUUAAUGUUUUAUUAGAUGAGGGUCAACGUUGAUGUUUUAUACUGGUUUUAUUGAGGGCAUUGAAUUGUUGCCAACACUGUGAACCGCCCUGAAUCUCCUUCGGGCUUGAGAAGGGUGGUAUAUAAAUACUGUAAAUAAAUAAAUAAAUAAAUAAAUAAACCUCAGUGACUAGAUAAUUAAAUAAAGUCUCCUUAUUUUUUUGUCUAGAUUCAACAUUCUCAAAAGAAAAUACAUAGGUUUCAAUUUAAUUUUUAUUUCUAACAUUUUUUGGAUUUUUGCAUGAAUUUCUCUCCAAUAUUUUUUGGCCGUUUCACAUGUCCACCAAGUAUGGAAGAACAUGCCUGUCUGCUUUUUGCAUUUCCAGCAUUUAUCUGGUAGAUUUUUAUAGCAUUUGGACAGAUUUUGUGGGGUGAUGUGCCAUUGGUACAUCAUCUUAUACCAGUUUUCUUUUAAGUCAUGUGCAUGAAUAUAUUUGAUUUUAUCAUUCCAAAUUUUCUUCCAAUUUUAUUUGUUGCCUAUAUUUGCCAUCCAUUUAAUUGUAUAUUCUUUAAUUUGCUCUGUUUCUGUGUCCCAUUCUAGUAGUUUCUUAUAAAUUUUGGUGAUUACUUUUUUCCGUUGUCAUUAUUUUGUCCCAAAAGGAAUCUUUCUACAAAUUUUACUUUUUUGUCUUUAUUAAAAUAUUUAUUCAUCUGUCUGUGUUGAAACCAGGAGACAUUUUUUAAUUUCUGAUUUAUUUCUUCUUGCUUUCUUAGUUUAUAUUCUCCUUUAUUUUUUUAUCAGUAUGCCCCUAUUAGUGGGCCAAUUUUCCACCCUAGAUCUCUCCUCUGGAUCUCCUUAAGCAGUGAUAUCCACGUAGGUGUUUUCAUUUACAAUUUCUCUUUAUAUUUUUCCCAAAUUUUUAUCAUGAAGACCUAAUAAAGUGAUUCCCAAAGUUUUUUUUUUCUGUUUUUCUUUUGCCGUACCAAUUACAUGAAUGGCAAAGCAUUUUCAAGUCAAAUCUUUAUAUAGUCAGUAUUUCCAGUCUUUCAAUAUUGGCCCAGUCCAUAAUCCAUAUUAGCCUGCAGGCUUCAUAAUAUAGUCUCAAAUCUGGUAAGCCAAAUCCACCAUUUUAUGUUAAAUUGAUAAAUUUAAUUCUUGUUUAUUUCCCCUGCCAUACAAAGUUUGAAAGAUCCUUAUUCCAUGUUUUGAAAAACUGCAUAUUUCUAAUUACAGGUAGAGUUUGAAAUAGAUAUAACAUUUUUGGUAAAAUACUCAUUUUUAUUACGGCCAUUCUUCCCAUUAAAGAUAGUUGAGGUAUUUCUAGCUUUCCAAGUCUUUCUUUAUCUCUAUUUUUGUUCAUAGUUGUUUUUCAAGAGUUGGGAAUUUUUGAUGUUAUUGUGAGGCCUAGAUAUUUAAUUUUGCUUACGACUUGUAGGCCAGCUAUUUCUGACAGUUCUUUCUGUCUCUCCUUAGUCAUAUUUUUUGUCGGUAUCUUUGUUUUAUUUUUAUUAAUUUUCAAUCCUGAUAGAUGCCUGAAUUCUUCAAUCAUAUUCAUCCAGUUUCUUAUGUUUUCAAUUGGGUCCUCUAUAAUACAAAUUAAAUCAUCAGCAAAUGCUCUGAGCUUGUAGUCCUCUUUUCUAAUUUUAACUCCAGUCAAAGGUUGUAUCUUCUCUUAUUUUGUUUAAGAGGAUUUCUGAGGCCAUUAUAAAUAUCAGUGGGGACAGAGGACAAUGCUGUCUUGUCUCUUUGAGUAUUUUGAAACUGUUAGAUUCCUUGGAAUUAAUUGUAAUUUUAGCCUCUUGGUCAUCGUAUAUUGCAUUGAUAGUUUAUUAAUAUUGAAGUUGGAAAACAAUAAAUUCUGCUGAUUUAAUCAAUAAUAUAACUUCUUAAAUAUCUGUGGCAACUAUAUAACUUUUGAAAUACAGCAUUAGAGCAUCUGAAGAAGUAGAUUGAAAUCCAAGAAAAUGCAUGUUAAAAUAAGCCAUUGUUAAUGGUGCUAAUCUAUCUGUACUCAUUUACUUUUUAUCUUGUUUGCUACAGAUAUGUUUGUUGAGUUCGGUGGGGAUUGUGCUCAAUGAGAUUAGAGGGAAUUGAGAUAUAGAAGGUACAGAUAGUAACACUGCCUUAUUAACAGUGACCAUGGACAAAACAGUGGUUGGCGAUAACAUAAGCCAUUCUUGUAUAGGUGUGCUGAUUUCUGAGAUUUAAUACUCUCUGACCCUUUCGAAGACGCAGCUGAACUGCUCAUUUGUAUCAGUCUGACCAAACUGCUGCUACUGUUGUGCUUGCAUUUGUGUGUUAAUUUGAUGGAUGGGUCUGAAAAAUUUAAAUUUAAGUUUGGGAUCAGUGUGACUGAUGUGAUGUGUGUUUUACUGAUCAACCUCUAAUUGCAAUGUAGGGUUUGACUAUAGUACCUAAGAUGAUGAUCCUGGGAAGGUCGUGGGUGGACUGUAAAUUCUGCAGGAAUUCAGUAGUGUUCUUCACAUAACUGGGGAUGUUGGUGCCAUAUGGUCUAAGGAUAUUAUCCAUACACCCAGAAGCACCAAGUGCGAGUGUUCAGGACUUGUUGAAGGCCUAUCCAGGAUUGCCUUGUUUAUGUAUUUUGGGUAAUAGAAUGUCCCUGGUCAGUACUCCUGGGCUGUAUCAAUUCUUGAAUUUGAUUAAAAAUACAAUCUUUGGAUUCUCCAGUGUGAUUCUAUGGUCCACUUUGCCAGAUAUUGGCGAUAGAGUCACAGUGGAGGACCUAGAGAUUUUUGGAAUGGUGUUAUCCUAGUUUAAGAGAAAAGAGUUGUUUUUUAUUUGCUUUUCCAUUUUCACUGUUCCUUAAUCCCAACAAACGUGGAGGGCUGAAUAAGGCUGACUAAAUGUAUUCAUAUAAAGGAGGUGCUUUGUCAAAAAAGUUUUCCAAGCAGCUGAAAAAAUAGCAUAAUUCUGAACUUCUUAAUUACAGAGGCUGAGGAGGCUGUCAACAAAGUAUAGAACAGAGAAAAUCUAUCCAACAGUCACUGGAGAAAAAGAAGAAAA